UCGCCUGCAAAUACCCCCGUUGGUUUUCAACCUUCUGUUACAUCCUCCGAAUCUGCUAUAGAGAAACUAACCGAAGCAGUUAAUAAAAUGUUAACUCAAUUCCAGGAGCGACGUCCAUCUACCUCGAAUAACCCAAAUAGAAUAGGCAUAUUAGUAGAAAUUGUCGUGCCCCCUACUGCCCCUAACCCCCCACCUAACACCCCCCAAAAUUAUCUCCCUACGGGUCAAAUGUAUAACCCUGGACCCGUCCCAACUCCCGUAGUGUACCCUUACCCUAAUAUCGGACCUCAAAACCCUCCUAGGUUUGCUAGUUCCAAUGUCGCACCUACUAAUAAUAAUAGUAACAUUAGUCCUGGUUUGAAUAGUGCUUCGGAAACCCAACAGCAGGAGGCGUUGCAAACCUUAUUAGCAAUGGCUGCUAGUUUGACCCCUAAUCAACAAAAUAAUAUUGAAAAUCAAAAUCCUCCAAAUAGUCAACCUACCUUCCUAAAUAUACCUGUGGAGGAUGUGGCAAUAUUCGCUGUUGGAACGCAGGAAGAUAAAUCGUCUAUUAGUACUACGCGUCGCUAUAAACGUCCACGAGAAGAAGUUGAUAACCCUCUUAAAGCUUCUCCAACUAAGCCCAAGCGUGUUCCUGUAGUUAGGCGGAAGUCAUCUACGUCUCCAAUCACAGUAGGAAUAAAUUAUUUUGAUAAGCGGGCGACCCAGUUUAUAGGCGAUCCCAACAUAAAUCUUCCUACCGUUAAUCCUGCCCCUAAAAUUCUGCCCCUCCUAUCUCUUAAAACUAAAGAUGAUAGCUUCCCUACCCAUCAUAAUAGACUGAUCUCCCCUUUUCUUAGUGCCCCUAAUGGCAAUCCCCCUUUAAUCUUUCUGGGGAGCGACUCGGAUGAGUCUAGGGAUUCGAGUUUCGAGUGGUAUGAAACUGCCUGGGAAAGCAAAGGUCCAGAGUAUAAGUUUAAUAUUUAUGAUUCAGACAUAGAUGACGUGAUAGAUGAAAUAAGGAGGCAGCUUAGAGUAAGAAAAGAAAAAAAUAAACCUUCCAUCGUUAGGUGUCGAUAUGACCUUGCUGGUAACGCGUAUCUUCGCGGAAAAGAAGAUAGGAGAGAUGUGCGUAGCUUCAUUUCGACAGGGGAAGCUAAAGAGGAAAGAGAAAGGCCCAUUAGAGAUUUAUUCGAGUACUAUUUUGGGGAAGAAAGUGAAAAGAGAAAUACUUAUCAUCUGGGGAAUUUAGAUAGCAAUCAAAAUGCUCGAUUCCAAAGUUUCUUAAAUAGGAAGACAGGGUUAUUCACCUGGGAGGGUGGAAAAUUAGGAUGUACUAAUUUAGUUAGGCAUCGAAUUAAUACUGGGGACGCUUUGCCCAUAAAGAAGCACCCCUACUGGUAUUCUCCGGCUGAAAGAAGAAUAAUUAAGGAUGAAAUAGCUGUAAUGAUGAAAGAGGGAAUAAUAUACCCCUUAUAA